AUGGCCGGGUCUCGCGGAUCCCCAAUGCGCCUCUCGGAGAAUGUGCUCCCGAUCGACAUCCAGCAAGCGGUGGAGCAAGCGCUGCAAAGACUGCUGCCAGCGCACUUGGACCGUCUCCUUCCGCUGCAUUUGGAGGAGCUGGCGCGCCGCUGCGGGCAUCCUCCAGGCUCAGAGCGCCAGGGCAGCGAGCGCAGCGAGCGCAGCCAGGCUGAAGCCGCCGCGCCGCAUGUGGAGCUGCAAGCCGCGAGGGGUGAACAGGAGGAGGAGGAGCUGCUGGUGGCUGCGGAGCGUGAGGACCUGGAGCUGUCGCAGCAGCUUUUGGAAGGCCACGAGCCACCCAUCAAGCUGGAGCAGGACCCAUCGAGUCCGAUCAUAGACGUCAUCGACCUUAGCGACAGCCUGCAGAGUGAGAGUUUUGAGACGGAGCCGGCAGAGGACACCCAGGCGAGUCAGGACCGGUUGCUGGGAGACAAGCCGAGGCUGGCGUCCAGGACAGCCAGGUACCUCAUGGCCAAACACUGCGGCCGCCCUAGCGCCAACGACCUGCAAGUAGACCUGGAGGUGGCGGAGAACCUGUCACCUGAGGAGCUGCAUGACAUGAUCCUGGACAUCCUCCGAGACAUCCCAGACCAGGUUUGGAAGACACCGUCGCGGCGAAACGUUUUGCGGGCUGGCGAGGCAUUCAGUUUUCAGAUGCCCCUGGGCCUCGUGACAAGCGCGGCUUUUUUCAAAACGCCGCAGAUAGGCCUGAAGACGUGGCAGUUCAUAGGGCUAACCAAGCUCAUUCUGCUCUACUUGAAGAAGUUGGCAGCGAGACAGGGGGUCGAGCUGCCCCCCGGUACCACGCUGCAGGUCACCAAAAACCUGCAGACCAAGGAGCACAAAGACAAAAACAACGGUGGCCCAUCGGCCAUCACAGGUUUCGGCGAUUGGAAGGGCGGUCAGACCUGGAUUGCAGACCCCACUGGCGACGACGUAAUUGCGCUGUCAGAAGACGUUGCUGGCAUUGGUGCUGCUGGAAAGAUGCUGCUCGGCCGCAAUGAGCAGAUCCGGGGCAGGCUGGUGCUGUUCGAUGGCAAAGCCAGCGUCCACUGCACGCAGCCCUUUGUGGGGGAGCGCUACGCUGUGGUCCUAUUCAGCCUUGGCCCCGGGUGCAUCAGCGAGGAGGUGCCCCAGCACCUUCGGCGUUUGGCGGAGCAGGCGGCCAGGGGGGAGAAGAUUUCGUACCACCAGCGCCCUCCCCCCGUGCCCCGUGGAGUGAAGAGAUCGGCGCCGGACAAGGAGGUGGCUUUCCUGCGCAGGGUGCCAUGGCAGGAGCCAGGCGAGCGCGUGGCCCACAGUAUCUCCCCACGGCGCCUGUCGGUGCCGCCCAUGUCGGAAGAUCGCAGGAGGUGCGUGCGCCAGCUGAACAUCAUCAAGGAGGCCUUGAGGAAAUGGCCCUCAGAGGCUACUGAGCUGGCCUUGCGGGAGGCCAUGGACUUUGUGCAGCGCUCUUCCGCCCUGAAGCCGGGGGACAAGUGGACUGCCCAGGAGGUCCGGUGCUUUGGCCUCCGUGUGCUGGCAACCCACGGCCUGGAACCCGUGGACUGGUCGCCAGGCCAAUGGCUUGGCAUGCUGAGGGAGAACGGCGAGGAUGCUGCGCUCACUGAGCAGCCUGGCAGGGAAGAGGCAGCGAGGUUGGGGAGGGUCGCCUUGCAGCACCUAGCGGCGCAGUUGGAGCAGCAGAUGGAGGCCCGACCCAAGGUCCCGCAGGUGCGGCGCAGCCUGCCCUCAGAGAGCACGGGCUCAGGCCUGGUGUCCCCCAGCACCUUCUCAGGGAGCAGCGUGGCCACCCACGACUGGCGCUAUCUCGCUGGGCCCUGCGUCCAGGGCAACCUGCCGCUGGGCGCGGCCUCGGUGGCAGCGCCAGGCGCAGCGCCGCGGCGGCUCAAGGCGAGCCCGCGCAGCCGGGAACGGAUCAGCGUCUGCCCGGAUCCUCGUGGGGACUACGGCUACUGCCGGCCGGUGCCUGUCACGCCGAUGCCAGCACCCACGGUGUCAACUGCACGCGUACCCACGUUUUCUGCAACGGCGCCUGCUGCCUCCGCCUUGGCAUCGUCCGGGCUCAGCCUGGACGAGGAGCUCUCACGACUGCGCGAAGACAUCGCAGCAGAGCGGACCGAGCGGCAAGCGCUGGGUCGGCUGGUGGAGGCAUUAAUCAAGGACCGACAGGGUCCGCAACGACGCCCUGAUGAUGGCCUGGUCUUGCCAGGCAGCUGUAGCGAGACCUACGCCAACCCCAGGAAUGCCCAGGAGUGGAUGCCCGGUUUCCGGGCCCUGGCCAUGGACUCCCAUGCAGGGCCACUGGGUGCCACCGGCGCUGGCGCCUCGCUGCAGAGCAAGGUCAUCCAGGAGGAGGAGGACGGGGAGCGGACCACGGACCUGGCCAUGUGGUGCCGGGACACCGAGCCCACGGAGCCCACGGAGCCCACGGAGCCCCCGGAGCUGGAGCCCAAGGAGCAGUUGCUGGCGGACGCCUCCGCCACCCUGGACCGCUUGGAGCAGGAGCUGAACCCCGUGCCCCGCUCGACAUCGCCAGCGUCGCCGGUGCCGGCACCGGGUUGCGUGGGCUCUCCGGGCUUCAACCUGGAGCCAGACGCCGAGGACCUCCAGUUCUAUCGUCGAAGAUGCUUGGAGUUGGCAGCGGAGGUGCAACGGCGUGAGCAAGAGCUGUCCCAGUUGCGGCAAGCCUUUCAAGAGGCUGCGGCACGGGAAGUUGUGAGUGUGAGUUCUGAGUGGUGA